AAUUCCCUAACGUCAUCAAUGGCAGAAGAGCCAGGUGCAGCAGUACUUAUAGAGACUAGCUUAGGAGAUAUAGUAAUUGAUCUCUGGACUAAAGAUUGCCCAGCUACUACAUGUAACUUCCUAAAGCUGUGCAAGAUAUAUUACUACAACCUGAAUGCCUUCUUUAAUGUAUCUAAGAAUUUCCUAGCACAAGUUGGUGACCCUGAAGCGACUGGAAAAGGCGGUAACUCAAUUGAAGGUGUUCUUAAUAAUCGUACUAAAUACUUCACACCGGAGAUAAAGCCGAGUUUGAAGCACAAGGAGAAGGGUACGGUAUCAAUGGCAGUGUCUAGGGAUAGCGAAGGAAAGCCAGGUUGUGGUAGUCAGUUCUUUAUAACAUUAGGAGAGAACAUUUCUUAUUUAGAUGGUAAACACGCGCCUUUUGGACAGGUUGUCGAAGGUUUAGAUACCUUAGAAAAGAUGAAUGAGGUUUACGUAGAUAGUGAUGGUAGACCAUACAAGGAUGUGCGUAUAAGACACGUUGUCAUACUUGAAGAUCCAUUCGACGAUCCAGCUAGUCUAGUAAUACCAAAUGAGCCUCCUACAGACGUACCAGACGCCAACAGUGGAUUGGUAAGGAUAGGCUCAGAUGAAGAUCUAGAACAAGAUUUGGAUGAGGAAGUCAAAGAGAAAAGGAGGAGAGAUCAUGCAGCAUCCGCGUCAGCAUUGACAUUGGAAAUGGUCGGUGAUUUACCAUUUGCAGAGAUAAGGCCACCUGAAAAUAUUUUAUUCGUGUGCAAAUUAAAUCCGGUUACGAGAGAUGAAGAUUUGGAAUUGAUAUUUAGUAGAUUUGGUAAAAUUCUCAGUUGUGAAGUAAUAAGAGAUAAGAACGACGGUAGCAGUCUUUGUUAUGCCUUCAUAGAGUUCGAUCAAAGGGAAUCAGCCGAAGCAGCCUAUUUCCGAAUGCAAAAUGUUUUGGUUGAUGAUAGACGUAUUUUCGUCGACUUCUCACAAUCGGUCAGUAAGUUACACACACAAUGGCUGGGUGGUCAAGGAAAGAAAGGUAGACAUACAAGAGAAAGUGUGCCACGAAGGGAUCUUCCUAAAGCUGGCGGAGCUAUGGUCUUUGAUUUAGAAGAAAGAGAUAGACGUGAGCAGAAGAGGCAACGUAGUCGAAGUCCAAGGAGAGACGACAGACGUGGAGGCUAUAAAAAAGAUUAUAGAGGUUCUCGUGAUGAUAGAGCAUCUCGUAGUCAUAGGGAUUAUCGUGAUUACAGAGAUGAUUAUAGGUCCUCCAGAGAUGAUCGGGGAUCACGACACUAUAGGGACAACGACCGUGUUGACAGAUACGAGAGAAGAUGAGAUGGAGCGAGAGUAAAUUGUCAGGAAAGAGUGGAUAUGAAUUAAUACAUUCUAAUGUUGUACGCGCUUGUG